AUGGAAACAGAAACAACUCAACCACCAAAACCCCACUGGCGCAUAUACUGGUUCGCUCUCGUACUCUGCUCCGGCGGUGCCUUAUUCGGCUAUGACUCGGGGGUAAUUGGCGGAGUCCUAACCUUCCAAACCUUCCAAACCUCCUUCACAAUCCCCGCCACCAACAAAACGCACACAAGCGCGAUCGCAGUAGGAAUCCAACAAGCCGGCGCCUUCACAGGGUGUUUCCUAAUCUGGCCAAUAACCAACCACUACGGACGACGGGUGGCAAUGGGUCUCUGUUCUGCGAUUUUCAGUCUGGGUGUAAUCCUCGAAACCAUCGACUCCCAUUCCCUAUCCGUCUUCUACGUCGGCCGUGUAAUCUGCGGACUAGGUGUCGGCGGGUCCGCAACUGUGAUCCCGAUCUAUAUGUCCGAGAUGAGUCCGAAGGAGAUCAGAGGGAGGUUGGGGAGUUGUUAUCAGCUCACGUAUACGGUUGGAAUCCUUGUUUCGUAUUGGGUUGAUUAUGCGGUUAAGAUGAUGGGGGAGGAGAGCGGGGCGCGGCAGUGGCAGGUGCCUGUUGCACUGCAGCUUGUGCCGGGGGUUUUGAUGGGGGUUGGGAUGUUGGGGGUGAAAGAAAGUGUGAGAUGGUUGCUUGCGGUGGGGAGGGUGGCGGAGGCGUGGGAGAGUCUUGUUUGGGUGAGGGGUGGCGAGGGGGUGGGGGUUAGAGGGGAGUUUGAGGAUAUGAAGACGGGAGUGGAGGUGGAAAGGGAGGUGACGGAUGGGGUUUCGCAGUCGACGGGGUCGACGGCGUUGGCGUAUUUUGGCCCGCAGUUUUUCGAGUUACUUGUUGGGGCGGGUGAUAGGACGCUUUUAUUGACGGGGAUUUUUGGCGCGAUCAAGGUCGUUGCUUGUUUGAUUUUCGUGGUGUUUUUGUCCGAUCGGUUUGGGAGACGGCCGUUGUUGGGUGGUGGUGCGGCGUUUAUGGCGGUUUGUAUGAUUGCCACGGCAGUGGUUGUCAAGUCUUAUCCUCAGCCUGGAGAUGGGACGGUUACUUCUUCGGGAAUUGCUACGGUUGCGUUGAUAUACCUCGAUAUCAUCGCUUACAACUUCAGUUGGGGUCCGUUGCCGUGGCCGUGUGCGAGUGAGAUCUUCCCGACUCGCAUUCGUGAGCCUGGUGUUGCGUUUGGUGUUGGAUCGCAAUGGUUGUUUAAUUUCGUUUGGAGUUUCUCGACGCCAUAUAUUCAGGAAAGUCUGGGAUGGGGCACAUUCUUGCUCUUUGGAUUGCUGGAUGUGGUGAUUGUGGGCUUUACUUACUUCUGUUUGAAGGAGACGGCUGGCAAGUCUCUCGAGGAGAUUAACAGGAUGUUCGAUGCUGAUCCGGAUGCUGAGCAUGGGUGGAAGGAUCGGAAUGAUGAUGUUGCGUCGCAUGUACCUGCUGAAAGACAUGAAGAUGCGCAGAUUGAUGCCAAAUCAGUACAGUCCAAGCAUCAGACUUCGCAUGUCGAGUCAACUGCUGGACGGUCCUGA